AUGGCUCAACAGCGAGGCCCUGCAAUGGGAGACUCUCUCAAGACGGCGCACUCGGUGAGCCUGAAGGUACUACGACUUUCUCGUCCGAUGCUUGCUACGCAGCAUCCACUUCCGAACUCGAAAGAUCUGGGUAUAUCGCCACAAGCCUCACUCGCCUAUCCUUCACAGCGAAAUACCAACGAUGCAUUCAUUCUCAGCCCUGUACUGAACCUCCCUGAGGCGUUUGGCAGUGCUUAUGUUGGCGAAACAUUCUCCUGUACACUAUGUGCAAACAACGAGCUCGAUCCAUUAGACAGUACAAAAGCAAUUAGCGGCGUAAGGAUACAAGGGGACAUGCAAACACCUUCGAACCCUACUGGCUCACCACUGGACCUGACAGGCACACCAGACGAAGACGUCAAUACUUCUCCUGGACCAGGCGAGUCGUUGCAGCGGAUACUGAGGUUCGAGCUGAAGGAGGAGGGGAAUCACGUAUUGGCCGUGACGGUCACAUACACUGAAACAGCUUUAGGGGAGGGAAAAGCAGCCAGUGGAAGGGUCCGGACUUUCCGCAAAUUGUAUCAGUUUGUGGCUCAGCAGUUGCUUAGUGUCAGAACGAAGGCUGGCGAGAUGAGCCCGAAGAAUGGAUCACGCCGAUAUCUGCUGGAGGCGCAAUUGGAAAACAUGGGGGAAGCGGCAGUCUGUUUAGAGGCUGUCGACGUCAAUCCGAAACUGCCUCUAAAGUCAACAUCGCUAAAUUGGGACAUGCAGGCCUCAGGAUUCAAUGCACCAAUGCUGAGUCCUCGCGAUGUUGUGCAAGUGGCUUUCUUGCUUACCUAUAAACCCGGUGAAGACGAGGAAGUCGAAGGCUCCAAGACUGAAGACGACAAACGAGUCUUGGGCCAACUGGCGAUUCAAUGGAGAAGCGCGCUUGGCGAUAGGGGCUCGCUCAGUACAGGAUGGCUGACGGCUCGUCGCUGA